CCGUGCGGGCCGGCACGCGCGGCAGCCGCCGCCCGCUCGCGCGCCGCACGUAGGCGCCGCUUCAAGGGGCAACGCGGCGGGGCCGGCGCGUCCCGCGCGGGGCGAGCGGUGCGUGGGGCCCGCGCUGCCGGGGCGGCGCUCCCGGCCAACCCCGCGGGGAUCCGGUCCCCGCCGGCGCUGCCGCCUGGGUGGGGGCCGCGCGGGCCCCACAGCGCGGGGCCGGUGCCCUUUUAAGACGCCGGUGCCGGUGGUUUUAUUUACAUGGGGCUCGCGGGCGUCACGUGACUGGCGGAGCGGCGGGGGCUGCGCGGCGGCUCCCGCGGGGUCAUGGCGGGCGGCGACGACGGCUCCUGGGUGGAGCUGUGGUGUGGCCCAGGCUGCCCCGAGCCCGAGCCGGUGCCCUCCCGGUUCUCCUCCUGCCAUGCCGACGUGGAGCGGAUGCUGCUGGAGGCACAGCUGGAGACGGAGAGCGGUGAGGGGGCCCUGCUCGCACUGAGCUCAGCGGCCUGGGAUGUGGAUGGAGCCAGCCUGGCAAGCGAGCAGCCUGGGGAGGGUGAGCUGCUCCCGCCGCACAGCCAGCCCCAGCCGGGCUGCCCCCCUCCCUGCCAGCGGGACCUGCCGGAGGAAGCCAAGUGGAGGGAGCGACGCCUGACAGCGCCCCUGGGCUGGGCCCGCCCCUCCCAGCACCUGUCUCCAAAGGAGUUUGCCUUUGUGUGCUCCCCCCAGCCGGUGCUGUGGAGCCUGCAGGGAGGUGCAGUGAGGAGAAAGAAGAGACUCUUCAGUUCAGAGCUGCUGCUGCUCUUCAUCCCCUCGCUGCUGCUUAGCCACCUGCUGACCCUGGGACUGGGGAUCUACAUUGGGAAGCGGCUGGCGGCCUCCUCGGCAAACCCGCUGUGAAGAGCUGGGCUCAGCGAGACGGGGGCUGCGCUGCCCUGCUCCUCCACCAGCACCCAGGGAGCUCAGGCACCACCACAGCCCCUCUGCUCCCAGACUUCAUGUUUGUGGCACAAGGCGCCAUCUCCCCUUGUCCCUUCUUCAUCCCUGGCUGAGGGAGCUGAUACCACCCUCCCACCUAGACAGGAACCCUCUGAUGGCCGCCCCUGCCCUCCCCACCCCCUUGGUUACGGGUCCAGCUUCCUCCUCUUCUUUAACACAAGACUGUAAAUACGACUCCUGAGCCUGCAAAUAAACAGCCCUGUGCCAGCUUGGGGGCAGAGCUGUGU